GGGAUGGAGGGUGGGGGGAUGGAGCGUGCAGGAGGGAAUGGGGCAACUUGUGCUUCAUCUGCUCACACCUCCUCUGCUGAGGUUGUCUCCUGCUCCUCUCGCUCCUGCCUCCUCGACCUCCACUUCUUCUCCUCCACACCGAUUCUUACCCAUCCCAACCACGCCCGUCCCGUCCCUCCUUUAUCCCCUCCCCCUCUUGUCGCCGCCCUCUCCCCCCCCACCACUGCACGGACGCUCCUAUCGCCCCCUCUACCCUGUUGCCUUGCUUCUUCCGCCCGCCCCUUCCGGCCCCCUUUGUCACUCCCCCAUUCCGCCUCUCCUGCUGCAUGUGCACACCGUGCCUCGCAGGGCUGCUGUCAGUCCCAUCCCUGUCCUCUCUCCUCUCCUCCCCUCGCCAUGCCGUCGUUGCAAGGCUCCGGAUUCCCUCCUCCUGCGCCCCCCUCCUCCGUGCCUCUUUCCUCUCCUCCUCACUGCCUUCCCCUUAGCGCUGACUCUCGUUACACUCACACCCCCCCUCCACGUCCUCACUGUCCCCCUGCUGCUUGUCGCGCCCAGUCACCCGCCCACCACCAUCCCCCUUCUCCUGGUGCACAAGAAUCUUUAAUACUCUCACCUGCAGUGCGCUCAUCUGCUGCUGCUGCUGGUGCUGCUGCUGCUGCUGGUGGCGGUUCUAGUGCGACUGGGUGCCGUCAUACCAGUGGUAGCAUCGAUGCUGCUACCGCUGCUGAAAGCGCUGGUGAUGCUGGGAGCUGCCUGAGCUUGAAUGCAUCUGAGCCGUCUGCCGUUCACCAUGCCCAUGCCUCUGCCUGCCCUCACCAUACCCCGCAUCACCAAGCCGAUGAUUGCGACUCAAGGCAGAGCCAUGACCAUUGCCGUUGCAAUUAUUGCACUUGCCAACAGCACCAGCAGCGCCAGCAGCAGCAACAGCAGCAGAACUCUCUCCUCUCUGGUCCACACCAGCAUUGCUGCAUGCAUAACCAACAUCACAUACAUCACAUCCAUCACCACCAUCAGCGUCAGAGGUACCACUACCAGCAGCACGCGCGAUGCCACGCACCGUCCUCAUCCCCUGCUGUGAGCUACCGCGACAUUGGCCCCGGCGAUAUGGAUGACCUCAAGGCGCUCCAUGAAGCCACCUUCCCCAUCGUGUACGAGGCAGAGUUCUACGACAAUGUGGUGCACCACAGGGGCAUCAUCUCGUGGGGAGCAGUGGACCCCUCUCAGCCUGGCCGCCUCAUUGGCUUCAUCACUGCGCGCCUGGUGCCCCCAGCAGAGGCUCAGGGGGCAGAGGUGCUUCCCCUCACACCUCCCUCCUCCUGGCACACACCAGCCCCCACUCUCCUCUACAUCCUCACUCUCGGUGUCGCAAAGCCCUACCGCAAGGCUGGUGUGGCAUCCCACUUGGUGCAUCUCCUGCUCUCCCACGCCUCAUCCCUCCCCCACUGCGCUGCCGUCUAUCUGCACGUUGUCUCGUACAACGCCUCUGCCAUUCGCUUCUACCGCUCCCUCCGCUUUGCUUACCUCCGUCACCUCCCCCGCUUCUACUAUCUAGAGGAUGGGUAUUACGAUGCGUUUCUAUUCGCGCGUUACGUCAACGGGUGGUUACCACCUCCUCCCAGGUCCCACCCAAAUGGGGGUUCGUUUGAACUCAUGCAGCCUGCGGUUACAGCUGCUUCCACUGCCGUUUCUGCCGCCAUGUCGCUAGUGUGUAUUCGACCAUCUACUUCUCUCCUCCAAGCCAUCAUUCCUUCCGCGUGGAUUUUCAAGUGUUUGGAGUUCUGUAGAGCGACUUUCUUCCCUCGUGAUGCAUCUAGGCUUUCUUAGAAUGUAUCAGCCCGAAAAAUUAUACUACAGCUGAUAUUAUUGUAUUCAUACUGGAGAUUUCGUUCAACUCGGAGUGUUUUCCGACACCGGGCA